AUGGCAUCCUCAUCUACAGGUAUGUAUGUAUCUGUAGAUUUUCAUUACAAUGGAUUCUUUUCACCAAACCCAUUGGUGUACUUAGACCCCGUAAAAACAAAUGUACGUGAUGUGGAUUUUGGGGGAUUUACGUAUAAAGAGUUUCUUUUGUGGCUUACGAAAUUAACGAAUGGAGCCUGUGAUAAUGUCUACUACUAUAUAAGAAAGGAAAGCUUGUGUGAGGGUAUUAGAAGAAUCGAUAAUGAUGCUGAUUAUUCGGAGUUUGUGGAAACUAUUUAUAGUCUAGAGAGUGAUAGUCUUGAGAGUGAGCUAGAUGUGUACAUUGACCACCGAAAUGAACCAAUUCUUGAUUGGGCUGAUAACGAGUUCUUAGCAGAUGGUAAAGGGUAUGAGUCGGAUGAGUUGGAUGAAGAGGAUGACAAGGAUUCUGAAGUUUCAAUGACAAUGGAAUAUGAACAUGAAUGGGAUGAUGAAGAUGAACAUACUUUUGAUAAAACUGUUGGAGACCCAUUCUUGGACAAACUUUCAGGGCAUAUUAGUGAUGAUGAUGAAGAGGAAGCAAACAAUGGGAAGCUUAAGGAUGUUGUGUUCCCUGUCCAUAAUGAGAAUCAAGAAUGGGAGCAAAUGGUGCCAGUUUUAGGUAUGAAGUUUUCUAAUCCAUUGGAAUUGAAGUUGUGUAUCACCAACUAUGCAGUCAAAAUGGAUAUGAUUUAUGGUAUGAGAAAAGUGAUCAUGAAAGGUUAUUGGUUUUGGAAAGUAAUACCAUAUGGUUAUCAACAGUAUGAAGUCAGACUUGGGUAUGAUGCAUAUGUUGUGGAUAUUGGUAGUGAGACAUGUGCCUGCAGAACUUGGCAGUUAACAAGUUACCCUUGUGUGCAUGGGUAUGCUUGCAUUGCAAGCCUCAACAGGGAUGUAGAGGAGUAUGUGUCACCAUGGUUUACCACAUCAAUGGAAAGUGGGCAUAAUAUAACAACUUGUCCUCAGAAACCAAUUGGGGAAUCAUCAAAUGCAAGUUCAAAGAAAAAGAAAUCCAAGAAAGCUGAUAAAGUGAAGGUUAUAUUGGCACAUGAAGUUGAUAUUGACAGUGACAGUGAAGUUGAAAUAGAACCUGAAAGUGAUGUUGACUCUUUUGAUCUUGAAUUUGAAGAUGAUGUGCAACCUGAAGUUGAAGAUGGAGUAGAACCUGAAGUCCAAGAUGGAGUGCAACAUGAAGUGCAAGCUGAAGUUGAACCUAAAAAUCAUCCUGAAGUUCAUGAUGCUAACCAAGUUGAAGUUCACCCUGCAGUUCAAGCUGAAGUUGAACCUGAAGUGCAAGUUCAAGUUGAAGAUGCUAACCAAAUUGUAGUUCAAGAUCAAGUGGAAAUACCAGCUUUUCAAGUUGUAGUGGGAAAGAGGGCAAGGAAACCUUCAGAAAGAAUUACAAAGUUGAAGAUAAGAAAGAUGUGGGAGGGAAAACAGGGAAGCAGUGAUGACAAUCCGUAUGAUUUGGAUUAACUUUUGGCUUAUUGUAUUGUUGUUAAUGUUUUUGGCAUCUUUGACUGACAUCUUUUAACUUUGGAAUCUUUUGGCACAUCUUUUGAAAACUAGUUGGAAUAGCUUAACUUUUUGCACAUCUUUUGG